CUUUAUUAAGGCAAGUCGGUAAAACAGAGAUUACCGAUAUGUCACAACAUAUGGCAAUUUAAUGACAAGUAGGUUUUCAAAAGAAUCGCUUUCCCAUUUCAUUCAAAUAAUCUUACUAGAUUAUGUUACGAGUGUGUAGACUUGUGUUAAUGAAUCAAACAUGAAUCGUAUCUAUCGUCUAAUCUUGCUUUGAUAUUGUAGCUCAAAAGAAAGCAUAUACGUUAGUAUGAAAAAGAUUGUGGAAUAAGAAAUAUGCGUAAUUCACAAAUGCUUUUAUUUUAUUCCACCAAGUAAUUAUCGAUUUAGAAGUACUUUAUCAAUUUAAUAAUAUAAUUUUUGAUAUAAUAAAGAAAAAAGUGGGAUUAUUCCACGAACUACGUAUAAAAUAAUGGCAAAUUCGAUCAUUACUUCAAACACGGAACUUCGAAAAUUACAUCCAGCACAUAAAUAUGCACUUGCAGAAAUACUAAAUGUUUCUGACUCAUGGAAAAAAUUAAUGGCAAUUAUUCCACGAGAUGAUACCAAUAUGCCAAGGUUUAAUAGUGAACAUGUUAGCAUAAUUGAUCAAGUAUCACAAAAGCAUCGAGAGAAUGCUGCAAAAAUUUUUUUGGAAGAAUGGAGUACAAUGGGUAGAUUGAGACCUAGAUUACAAAACUUAUUAGAUCUUCUUACGAAAGCAGAAUUAUUUAGAGCUGCUGAUUAUGUUGCUAAUGAAAUUUUAAAAGUUGAUUUACCAAAGCGACCAGAGUAUGGACCUGCUGCAAUUAUCGAUAUUUCAGAUGAAACUUUAGCAAGACUUAUGGAUGAUAGUACUAAAUUAGAUAAUGAUGAAGAUGAUAAAUCAUCACCAACGCUUGAAUCAUCGUACCGAGUUAAUGUUGGAGAAAUUAUAUAUUUUUCAGACGCUGUAGAUCUCAUGGAUCCUUGUUCUAUGAAAAGUAAUACACAAAAUUUUGAAGAAAUUAAUGCAAAUAAGAAAGCUAUAAACUUAAGUGCCCAGAAUAUACUUGUGCCAUCUGUUAAUUAUAAACAUUUGGAGGUGUCAUCUCAAGAAUUACCAUUGUUCUUGAAAAACUUUGAACAAAGCAGAAAUAUGAAUGAUAGUGUUAAAUCAGAAGAAAUCCCUGUUUUUUUAAAUGAAAGCAUCUCCAUAUUGGAUAAAUCUGAAAUUAACAGUAAUAAUAAUUGGACAAAUAUAAUGAAUGUGAAUAAUGGAACAAAUUCAACCAAUUGCAAUUCCAGUUUUAAAAAUACAGAAGAUAAGAAAGAUAAUAAGAAUUAUCAAUUUCAAUCUGAAGUAACAUCCUCUUUAUUACCAGAAUUUGUAAAUAAUCGAACAGAAACCAACAUUUUGAAUGAAACAAAUAAUAUACACAUUAAAAGUCAAAAUAUAAUGAACUCUGAAGAUCUGCCGCUUACAGUAUUGGAGUUUAAUAGAUAAAAACAUUUAAGUAAAUAUUAUAAUUAAUGCAAUUUAUCUUACAGAAAGACUUUUAGACGAAAUUUCAAACGAAAAGAAAUGUUUUUGAUUAGGCCGUUUUUGAAUGAAAUAAAAUAUUCAACCGAAUAUGUACAACUAUAAAAUAUUGAAAAUUUUUUACUAAUAAUUUUUUGAAAAAAUCGAUUUGAAGUUUCGAAAUUGUAAUGUCCACAUAAAAAUUAAUUCUUCUUUUUUAUUUUUAAUUUUUAACGAUAUAUGAGCAUUUCAAGUAUUUAAGGUUUCAAAUGUUAUUAUCCCAUAUUCAAUUCUUAUACGAAUGUUUUUUUUUUCCUUAUGUGCUUUUAUUUUCUCUUUUCGUGUUAUUAACUUUGCAUAAUUUUACUCACUUUUCUGCAUGAGCACUAUUACAUCAUCAAUAAUUAACAAUUAUUAUUCAGAUUACUUACAUUAGGGACAAAGUUGACUUAUCAAGAUAGUUGUAUAAUUUGUCCCUCAGAUGAAAAAAUAUGUUAACUUGGCAACAUGGACGAAAAAUAUGAACGAAGCGUAAUAUCUAAUGAAUUCCCUUAGCUUUUAAAGAUCCUUUCUCUUCCCAUAAGAAAAUUGUAGUGUUUUCCACUUUCAGGCCAGCACUUAUCGAAUAAAUAAUUAUGUGAAUUUCAUUUAA